UGUUAUCAUUCGCUGGUAAAUGGAUGAACUGGAGAACAUCAUUCUGAGUGAGCACUCAAAAAGAUUUGGCUACAGAACCAUUAUGGCAUCAAGAAACCUCUGGAAUAUGAGAAGUAACUUUCUUUUUGGUUCAAGAUGUUGUAUAAUCCAACAUUCAGCAGAAAUCCUCCUCAAAUUGGUUUCAUUUAGGCCUUUUGGUGCAAAAUGUAUUAAUGCAGACAACAAAGCUUUGGAAAAUGAGGACCUACUGAACAACUUACUUACUAUGGGAGUUGAUAUUGACAGGGCAAAGAAACGACAGCCUGGCGUUUUUAAUAGGAUGGUUACUAAUGAGCAGGAACUGCAGGUGUUCCUUCUAUCAAAAGGAGCUAGCAAAGAAGUGAUUGCUAGCAUCAUAUCAAGAUAUCCACGAGCCAUAACACGUACUUCUGAAAGUCUUUCAAAACGGUGGGAUCUAUGGAGAAAGAUUAUAACAUCAGACCUUGAAAUUGUAAAUAUUUUGGAACGCUCUCCUGAAUCCUUUUUUCGGUCCAAUAACAACCAAAACUUAGAGAAUAAUAUAAAGUUCCUACACUCAGUUGGAUUGACCCAUAAGUGCCUUUGUCGACUGUUGACUAAUGCUCCUCGGACCUUCUCCAAUAGUCUUGAUUUGAAUAAACAGAUGGUUGAAUUAUUGCGGGAAAUCUGUGUGUCCUUGGGUCACAGUGAUCCUACAGAUUUUAUCAGGAAGAUAAUUUAUAAAAACCCUUUUAUCUUAAUCCAGAGUACCAAGCGGGUGAAAACUAACAUUGAAUUUUUACAGUCCACUUUCAACUUGAACAAUGGAAAGCUGCUCCUUCUGAUAUGUGGUCCAGGAGCUGGAAUCUUAGACCUUUCCAAUGACUAUGUCAAAAGAAACUACACAAAUAUAAAAGAGAAGCUGUUUUCUCUUGGAUGUACUGACAAAGAAGUACAGACAUUUGUUUUAAGCUAUCCAGAUGUGAUCUUCUUGGCAGAGAAAAAGUUUAAUGAUAAAAUAGACUGUCUCAUAGAGGGAAAAAUUAGUAUUUCACAAAUAAUUAAAAAUGCUCGGAUUCUGGAUUCAAGCAUAAGUACUUUGAAAAGUCGAAUUAAAGAAUUGGUACAUGCUGGUUAUAAUCUGAGUACAUUGAACAUAAAUCUUCUAUCUUGGAGUCAAAAAAGAUACAAAGCUAAAUUGAAAAAAUUAAAUGUAUAG